AUGAUAUCGUCGGACGACGACACUGAGACGGAGAAGGAAGCUAAAGAAGUUCAAUUAACCCGCCAACUUCGCGCAGACCUGGCCGCUGCGAAAGCGAAAAUCCAGCAAGUCAAAGAGCAAGCCAAGAAAGCGCAACGCGACCUCCUCGCCGAGCAAGAAAAGGCCAAAAGCCUCCAGACCGAAAAGGAUGAAUUGACAUCCCAACUAACCACGAUCAAAGCCGAGCAACAAAAUUUUGUCAAAGAAAUGCUCGCUGCAGAAGAAGAAAGACUAGACCUAAAAAACCAAGUCCAACAUCUCACCACGCAGAACACAAAUCUCACCACCCAACUCAAGCAUUUGGCUACGGAAAAAGAAGAAGUCACAUCCAAAAAUACCCUUCUAUGCACCGAAAACAUCAUCCUUCGCGACGAAACCCAGCGCCUCAAAUCCUCCUCUGCAAGUGCCGCCCCGCCACCGACGCCGCAGUCCACAUCUACUACAUCCACGCUCCUGCCUGGCUCCCCCGCGCCCUCCAGCAUCGCCUCUACAGAGGAAGACAUGAAGCUAGAUAACGUUCGAAAGGUGUAUACACAGUUGAAGAGGAAGCAGGAUAUUUUGAAGGAUAUAGUGAGGCAAUUAAUGUGGUGCACGAGAAACAUGGUGCUGGGUGAAUUUGGGGAGUUUGGGGUAACGGUGAGGAGGUUGCGGGAGUGGAUGGAGGAGGAUGAGCAACAGCGGGGGACGAAGAAGCAGAAGCAGAGGGCGGGGCCAGGCGGGUAA